AUGCCCCGUACCUUCAAGGAAUCAGUUGUAAAAGUUGGGGAGGCUUCCUUUACGGUCUCUCUUCGUACAGUGGACAACGUUAUCGUUACGAUUAAACAGAGACAUGGUUUCUCACCAAGGUGUUUCAUUCAUGUUAAGUACUCCACCAGGACUGAACUCAAGAUAAAGCCUGGGGAUAAUGUGACUUUUACCUUCACUUGUAGUACUCCAGAGAAGUAUUUCAUCAUGGAAGUUCAGAAAAAUAUUGACUGUGUGUCAGGCCCCUGUCCCUUUGGAGAUGUUCAUCUGUACCCACCAGGGCUACCUCGCCUUAACAGGACUUUCAUCUGGGAUGUGAAGGCGAGUACAAAGGCUGGACUUGAACUGAGAUUUUCUACCCCGUGGCUAAGGCAGAUUGAACCAGGAGAGAUGUGCCCAGAUUUCACUAGCUACAACAUCAACAGCUGUAUUGACAAGGCCACAGUCAACAUUGGAACCUUCUGCAGGAAUGGCUCAGUGUCUGGCGUCAAGCUGCUGGGAGGAGUCAUCAUGUCUCUGCACCUCCCUUGGGACUCACCUCUCACCACCUCAGGCUUCAGCAUAGCUAACAGGGCUUCCAUUAAACGGUUAUGCAUUAUUGAAUCCAUUUUGAAGGGAGAGUCUUCAGUCACCCUGAUGUCCCCAAACUACCCACUGGGCUUUCCAGAAGAUGAGCUCAUGACGUGGCAGUUUGUGAUUCCUUCCAACAUGAGAGCAAGUGUCUUUUUCCACAACUACAGCCUCUCCAACUGCGAAAGGAAAGAGGAGAGAGUGGAGUACUACCUCCCCGGCUCCCUCAGCAACCCAGAGGUGUUCAAGCUGACUGACAGCCAGCCUGCCAAUAUUGCUGGCAGUUUCAACCUGUCCCUGCAGGGCUGUGAUCAGGACGCUCAGAACCCAGGCAUCCUCCGCUUGCUCUUCCAAGUGGUUGUUCAGCAUCCGCAGAUUGAUGAGAACGUCACCCAUUUGGUCGACCUGAGCAAGGAGUGGAAUAUGACUGUCACGAUACACUUCGAAGGGUGGCCCAACACUGUCCCAUUUGUGUCUGACCCGAUAUGCCUGAUCUGCAAGGAUCCGCGCACCUGCGACCGCGUCUUGACUCUGGUGUCUGGUACCACCUACAAGAUCUCCUUCGUGUGCAAGGACUUGUCCCGUCUGAGGAUCACAGCUGAAAAAGUCAUAAGUUGUAUCAAUCUUCAGCGGUGUCAAAAGAGAAUCUAUUCCCUUGUGGUGCCCAAAGCUGUUACCCAAUUGCCAAUUCAACUACAUAAGUUCAGUUGGAAGCUCUUGGCUUCGGAUCUGAUCAACAUAGGAAUUAUGUCUCCAUCCUUGAAACUUCAGCAACACCUCCCAGAGCAGAGGUGCAACACAAGCUACAGUUACAGCAUCGUUAGUGCCACCCCAGAGACGCAGUUGGAUCUUGGCAUAUUCUGUCCUGGUGGGUCCAUUGAAAAGAUUCAGAUGAGGAAUAAUGUCACCAUAUCCUUAAAAACAUUUGGUAAAGGAUUCCUCAAUGAUUCUAACCAUCAGGAUCUGAAAAUGUCUUUUGUGCCGCAUAUUAAAGAUGAGUGCAUUUUCACCGUGAGUCCAAAUCCAAAAUCUAAAGUUUACUUGGAGACUCCAAACUGGCUGUCUGGUCUGCCUCCUUAUGUCUCCGUAUCCUGGUACGUCAACGUGCCCAGCAAGCAAGUUGCCCGCCUGGGGUUCUCCAAGGACCGCAUGGGCAUCUCCUGCGAGACGGGCCGUGCCUACGUGAACAUCAAGGAGGAGACGCUGGGGGCAGAGGAAACUGUGCGCCGAGAGGAUGAGCUGCUGCCUGAGCCCAGAAAUAUGUAUCACAACUUCUGGGUAAACAUCUCCAACUGUAAACCCGUGGAUAGGAUGCAGCUGAGCUUACAGUUCUGGGUGGCUUUUGCUGACAAGCAGAUAGACCUUGGAGUGAUACUUGCUGUGGUGGCUGGUGCUGGAGUUCUGGUGGCUAUUGGACUGACUGUGUGCUGUGUUAAGAAGAAGAAGAAGAAAAGCCAGAAUCCCAUGGUGGGAGUGUACAAUGCUAACGUGAAUACGGAGAUGCCUAGGAAACAAGGCUUGUUCAGAAAAGAGAGGAAAAACAAUGAGUCUCAUGUCUAUGCAGUUAUUGAUGAUGCUAUGGUCUACGGGCACUUGCUGAAGGAAUCCAAUGGCUCAGUUGCUCCAGAAGUUGAUGUGUACCGGCCUUUUGAUGGACCCAUGGGUAGCUUGCCACCUUCUCCACCUCCACUCUCCUUCAGGAAGGACAUUAAACGCUCUUCUAACACUGAGGAACCUCUUCCUCUGACAGACACAGACCAUGACACAUACACAUUUGCUCAUCAGAAAUCAGAGAAAUUGGAGGGCGGUGGGGAUCCAGCUGAAAAGAAUAAUGGAGAUGUGAGCAUGUCCUUGCUGGAAAAUAAGGAACAAGAUGAUUUAGUGGAGUAA